UUUUGAAACCAAACACACGUGGGUCUCACUUUUUGCAAACAUGGGAAGACCAGAUUUCACACCUAGAGGCCGAGGAGGUGGUCGUGGAAGGGGAGGAGACAGAGGAGGGAGAGGAGGAAGAGGAGGAUUUGGGGGUCGAGGUGGCGGUGGGAGGGGAGGAGGAUUUGGGGGUCGAGGUGGUGGAGGCAGAGGCGGAAGAGGAGGAGGAAGGGGAGGCAGAGGAGGUGGUAGAGGGGGAUUCAGGGGUGGAAAGAGUGUCGCAGUUGAGCCCCACAGACAUGAAGGUGUAUUCAUUGCUCGUGGUAAAGAAGAUGCUCUAGUUACAUUAAAUAUGGUCCCUGGAGAAACAGUUUAUGGAGAGAAAAAGAUUGUUGUAGAGGAAGGAGAAAAGAAGAUAGAAUACAGAGCAUGGAAUCCCUUUAGAUCAAAGUUAGCAGCAGCCAUUCUAGGAGGUGUAGAAAAAAUAUACAUGAAACCUGGAGCCAAGGUCCUAUACUUAGGGGCAGCUUCAGGGACUACUGUUAGUCAUGUUUCCGAUAUUGUUGGACCCGAAGGUUUGGUGUAUGCUGUAGAAUUUUCACACAGAAGUGGUAGAGAUCUGAUUAAUGUGGCAAAGAAAAGGACAAAUAUUAUCCCUAUCAUUGAAGAUGCAAGACACCCACACAAAUACAGAAUGCUAGUUGGUAUGGUGGACACAAUAUUUGCUGAUGUUGCACAGCCUGAUCAAGCCAGAAUUGUUGCUAUUAAUGCACAUCACUUCCUCAAAAACAAUGGUCAUAUUGUAAUAUCCAUAAAGGCAAACUGUGUUGAUUCUACUGCUGAACCUGAGGCUGUAUUUGCUGGAGAAAUCAACAAACUAAGAGGGGAGAAAAUCAAGCCCCAGGAACAGCUGACACUGGAGCCCUAUGAAAGAGACCAUGCAGUAGUAGUAGGAGUAUACAGACCACCUCCAAAGAAGUGAUCCACAAGUGUGUUCUGGCCACAUUCUUUUUAAAUUUGCUCCUCGGAGAUAUAUAUUCAAAGGAUGAUGAACUGGUUUUCAAAGUCCAGGAAUGGAACUUUAGCGGUCUUUAGUGCCAGUGAGGAUACCACUGACAUUUGUUAAACUUGUACUCGCAAGAGAAUUUGAAAGUUUUUAUUAAAAACUUUUGCAUCAUGUUCAUGAUUUUAUAUGAUGAAAAUGUUUUGCAAAUGAUGUACAUAAUAAACUUGUAUAUGAUG